GGCAAUGCGAAAUCUCGGUAUAUUGUAUAUACAAUGAAAUUGCUACUCAGUUUCUACCACUAUUUCGCGGAUUCUAUGAUUGUUGCUGCGCGGUGAGUUGUCUGAGAGUCUGAGUUGGUUUGAGUUAUGGUCACUUCAAAAAUUUCGAUAACAUGGCAUCGUUAGAAGACGAAUCGUUUUACGGCGUGAAAUCACAUCUUGUAGAUGCUAUGCAGAAACCAGAAUGGGUUCCUUUAUCUCUUACUUUAGUCGAAUAUCCCCAAGGUGAUUUGUUUGGGAAGUUCUUAGCUUUAAUAAGUUUAAUACCAUUUGUUAUUAUAACUGGGUUUGUAACAUUAAUUCUCUUUAGAAGAGAUCUACACACAAUUGCAUUUUUUAGCGGCAUUAUAAUAAACGAGGGUAUAAAUUUUAUACUAAAACAUACAAUUUGCGAAGCAAGGCCAAUGAAACGUGAUGUUUCUGUUGAGUAUGGUAUGCCAUCAACGCAUGCACAAUUCAUAUGGUUUUUUGCUGCAUACAUCACACUUUUUAUAUGCAUCAGGUUACAUCAUAAUAAUAAUAGCAGCCUAUCAGAAAGAUUAUGGAGGAUCAUUCUCAUAGCUGCUUGUAUAAUUAUUGCAGUUUUAGUAACAUACAGUAGGGUCUAUUUAUUAUAUCAUACUAAUUCUCAAGUCCUAUUUGGUGCAUUCAUAGGAAUCAUAUUGGGAGUAGUGUGGUUCAUAAUAACACUUGUAGUACUUACACCUAUCUUUCCUAUAAUAGUUUUGUGGCGGAUAUCAGAGUAUCUACUAUUACGUGACACAACGUUAAUUCCUAAUAUUCUCUGGUUUGAAUAUACAACAAUUCGCACAGAGGCACGAGCACGGUCACGGAAACUUGUAUAGAUGAAGUCGCAAUAACGACUAGUGUCUAGCUAGUGAGCUGACAACAAAUAGGAAAUAAAUGACUGAAUAAUAAAUGUUAAAUAAAAAAAAGUGAUAUCAUUCCUUUGGUUGGACAGAACACAAAAAAUUGAAAUUUGUUUAUCUCAAAGAAAUGUUUUGAAUAAUUAAUGGCAGCAAAUUUUACCAUAAUAUAACAAUUAAACGCGUAAGGUAUUAGUACAAAUUUUGCAUAUAAAUUUUCACGUUUAUACUGCCAUAACGUGUAGGUUUGUCCAUAAAUUGUGUUAAGUAUAAGAUUAUCUUCGCGUGUGUAUAUAUUUACACGUAUACAUAAAACGUCCUUCUGUUUUGCAAAGACAAACUUUUUAUUUGUAAUUUUGUAAACUGAACUAUUAUUAAUUACUUUAUAAAGUAAAUAAAAAUUAGUGCAAUAACAUAAUAAAAUACGCAAUAUAUACGAUACUAACUAACAUUAGGUAACGAUAAUUUAUUCAAUGUUUUUAAAUUAAAGUAAACUGUAUCAAUACUUUGCCAGUACCAAAAACAGACGUUAAACAAAGGGUAUUAAUAAAAUGAACACAUUACUACUAAUUUAAAAUUAUUAUAUCCUAGUUUUAGUCAGAGUUGUUAUUAAAUUGUUAAGAGUA